AUGUUGAAGCAUGCUCUACCGUUCGCCAUAUGGAUAACCUCUACCCUUGGAGCUCCAAGCCCAUCUGGCUUCGGAGGCCGCUUCCACAUUGACCAGGUCCACAACCGCAACGCCAGACGCAAUGGCCCUGCCGAGUACGCCUUUGCUCACGCCAAGUAUCAUGCCCCUAUCCCACAAGGCCUGUCCAAGACCAUGGCUGCGAUGAAAAAAGUCAAGCUUGGAGCGGGCAAUGCAACGGGCGAGGUACCUUCUUGGCCACAGGAGCUCGACAUCGAGUAUCUGAGCCCCAUCAUGGUCGGCGAGCCUGCGCAGAUGGUAUGGAUGAACCUCGACACAGGGUCAUCAGACACCUGGAUGUAUGCAUCGACAACCGGAGAAGGUCACAAGGGAGACCAGAAAUUCUACGCCCCAGAAGUCUCCAAAACAGCAUCUCAUCUGGCCGACACAUCUUGGUAUAUCGAGUAUGACGCUGACCAGCUGGCAGGUGAUGGCACCUACGCAAGUGGUGAUGUAUGGAGAGACACUCUCUCCAUCGGUGACGUUGAAAUCAAAAACAUGACAAUUCAGACGGCCAAGAUGGCAUCGGUGGCCAUGGUCAUGGACGUCAACAUGUCGGGUCUCGCUGGCCUCUGUCCCAACCAUCCCAGCACUGUCAUUCCUAGCCAACCGACGCUGCUUGAGAAGCUCGAGCCUGUUCUUGACGAGUUUGUCUUUGCCGCCGACCUUCGGUACCAGGACACUGGCCGAUUUCGUUUUGGCCAUGUACCCAAGAGUGACUACGAGGGCGAAAUUCACUGGGCCAGGAUGAACAAGACAUCCAUGUUUUGGCAGUUCGACAUCAACAGUGUCCAUGUGGGCGGCACCAACAUAUUGUUGCAGUCAAACUGGUCUUUUAUCGCUGACACAGGCACCACGCUGAUGCUUUUGCCCAUGGAUCUGACCAAGAUGUACUACGACCAGGUGCCGGGGGCCGAGUAUAACAAGUGGUAUGAUUCUUACACGUUCCCUUGCAACGAGACCAAGAACCUUCCGAGUUGGGAAUUCUCCAUCGCAGGCCUGAAUGGCACUGUACCGGGCCACUAUAUUGCCUACACCAACGUCACCGAGAAGCUCUGCUACGGAGGCAUCCAGCCGUGGCCGGUCGAGAUGUAUGGCUUCGGCAUCCUCGGCGACGUCUUUCUCAAGGCCGUCUACGCCGUUUUUGAUGUGCAGAAUAAGACUGUUGGGUUUGCGAACAAGAAGGUGGGGGCUUAA